AUGUCUGUUAAGAUUCAGUACAAGCAUGGAGGUGACAAUAAGGUGGCUGAUGCAUUAUCCAGGAUGGUAAAUUCUAUCUCGUUCAUGAAGCUAUCCAACGUUCUCUUGGAUGAGCUUAAGAAGUUUGCUGACUUCGACUCCUUUAUCACUAAUAUUCAUGCGAAGGUGGUCAAAGUUGAUCAUCAGAAGCUCUCUGGCCUCUAUCAUCCUUUACGUAUGGCUCGGUUCUUCCCCGUGAAGACGACGAUCAAAGCUUCUGAACUUGCUCAGCUGUUUGUAGACUGGUUAUUCAGUCUCUAUGGUUUGCUAGGUGACAUUGUGAGUGAUCGGGAUCCCAAGUUCACGUCCAAGUUUUGGCAAAUGGUCUUUGAGAAGUUAGAGACUAAGCUGAGUAUGAGUAGUGGUGAGCAUCCACAAUUUGAUGGGCAGAUAGAGUGCAUGAAUCAGCUAUUAGAAGAUAUGCUAAGGUCUUUUGUGGGAAACUUAACUCAACAGGGAGUAUGGGAAAAGUACUUGCCUUUGCUUCAGUUUACUCACAAUAGUGCUCAUCAAUCAACUAUUGGCAUGUCUCCCUUUAUGGCGAUGUAUGGCUAUGAGCCUAGGUCUCUUGUGAGUUUGAAUUUGGCUUUGGUUCGGUCUCUGAAAGGAGGUGGCAGUGCUAAGUUGUGUCCACAGUAUUGUGGGCCUUGGACAAUUUUACAGGGUAUGGGCGAUCUUGCAUACACUUUGGACUUGCCAGCUAGUUUGAAGAUUCAUCCAACAUUCCAUCUUCUCAAGGCUGCCGUAUGUGGCUGGGUUAUGAGGGAGGGGAGAAUGACCACGAACCAUGGGAAUAUUCUACAGAAUAUUCCCAUGGCCUAUGGCUGUAACACCUUAAGGUGUCUCCAGCCAAUGCCACAGAUGCCGAUACAACAAGAUUUUGCGAGGCUUUUCCACGAUGAGCAGAUGAGUGUUUUUAUGCAAGAUGGAGUUUAG